CGUGAAGCCUCAUCCCCGCCAGCGUUGCAACGGUUAGCGAAUGAAGGGGACGCGCAUGGAGACAUAGACCCUAUGUGUAUCAUAACUGCAGAAUAUGAGGAUUUAUCAGCAUUUUACGGCAUGCCUCGUUGUAUCCACUGGCCUUUGUAAGGAAUUAAAUGGAAAGCAAUGCGUUUCAUAGAUCGCGGGAAAAUGUGGAGGAGACGGCAUGCAUGGCAGGUGCUUUUGUGGUGGCAUCACUUCUUUCUCUUGUGGAAUACAAUAGACGGCCAGGCUCGCUACACCAUCCCGGAGGAACUAAAGCAGGGCUCCUUGGUUGGGAAUAUUUCGAAAGAUCUAGGAUUGGUUGUCUCUGAACUCUACCAACGUAAAUUACGGAUAACGUCCGAGGCUGGGAGGCAGUAUUUCACCAUUGACCUGGCGAAGGGAGAGCUGUUGGUGAGUGAGCGGAUAGACAGAGAGGGGCUGUGUGGACCCAAGUCACCGUGUCUGUUGCCUCUGGAGGUCGUCAUAGAAAACCCGUUGCAGCUGUAUCAUGUCGAUGUGGAAAUACAAGACAUUAAUGACAAUUCACCCGAUUUCGCUACAAAAGAAAAUAUACUAAAAAUAGCAGAGCUCGUUAACCCAGGUGCGAGAUUUCCUUUGGAGAACGCACGGGAUCCCGACGUUGGGUCGAAUUCAGUGCGCUCCUACGUAAUUAGUAAAAACGACAAUUUCAAAUUGAACGUUAAAAAUCAUAAAGACGGUCGAAGAAUCCCCGAGCUAAUUCUGGAGAAGGCGCUCGACAGGGAGAAACAACCUGUGCACAGGCUUGUUUUGACAGCCGUAGACGGCGGUGAUCCUGUGCGGUCGGGGACUUCUGAAAUAAUUGUGACAGUGAUUGAUAAUAAUGAUAACGCACCGCAGUUUGAAAGACAGCUCUACGAAAUUAAUGUAACCGAAAACACAACACCUGGGACUGAAAUAGUGCGCGUCAAAGCCACGGACGCAGACGAGGGUUUAAACGGAGAAAUUGAAUAUUUCUUUCGUGAACAGACGAUUGAUUCAAUUUUAGCCUUGUUUGAUAUUGAGCAUCUAACUGGGGCUAUUGUAGUUAAGGGGGAUUUGGACUAUGAGGAAUCGAAUGUUCAUAGGUUUGACGUCGUUGCCAAAGACAAAGGUAACCCUGAGAUGGAUGGGCAUUGUGCUAUUGAAAUAAGGAUAAUUGACAUUAAUGAUAAUGCACCUGAAAUAACUGUGACGUCCAUAACGACACCCAUCCAAGAGGACUCGGCUAUAGGGACGGUUGUUGCGCUACUAAGCGCCAAAGACCCAGAUUCGGGUGACAACGGUAGAGUAAAGCUGAGCGUUUCUUCAAACUCUCCGUUUAAACUUAAGCCGUCUAUUUCUAAUCAUUACGCGUUGGUCACUAGCGGGGCUCUUGACCGUGAGAACAACGCCCAUUACAAAGUUAAGAUAACUGCAGUUGAUCUGGGCAAAACAUCACUGUCUAGCGAGAGAAUUAUAGGUGUUGACGUGUUAGAUGUGAAUGACAAUCCUCCGGUUUUCUCCCAGUCGUUGUAUACGGUUCACGUUAAAGAGAAUUAUCCAGCGGGUAAAAUACUGUACUCCGUGUCUGCUAAUGAUUUAGACCAAAAUGAGAACGCCAAGCUGUCCUACUCCAUCCUGGACUCUAAAGUGCAGGACGUGUCUGUGUCCUCCUACGUCUACAUCAACUCGGAGAACGGCAGCAUCUACAGCAUGCACUCCUUUGACUAUGAGAAACUGAAGGUGUUUCAGAUUCAGGUGCAGGCAAAGGACCACGGUUCUCCGUCUCUGAGCAGCAACGCUACUGUUCAUGUUUUUAUUCUGGACCAGAACGAUAACGCCCCCUCUGUUAUCUACCCCUCCUCCGCUGUCCACGGCUCCCUCUCUCAGCAGAGGACGUCCCGCUCCUCCAAAGCAGGCCACUUGGUUACCAAGGUAACAGCUGUAGAUGCCGACUCGGGGCAUAACGCCUGGAUCUCCUAUAGACUGGCAGAGGCCACAGACGCCUCUCUGUUCGCUGUCAACCUUUACACAGGGGAGGUGAGGACUAAACGGGCUGUGUCUGAGCAGGACGACUCCUCUCAGAGACUGCUCAUAGAGAUUAAGGACGACGGGGAUCCGGUUCAGUCCACCACCGUCACCGUGACCGUCCUGUUAGAGGACAGUCUCCACGAGCCCAUUCUGGACCUCAGACACAAGACGGACGAUUCUCACAAGAAAACGGGGAGAAUGGCUCUGUAUCUGAUCCUCUCCCUGGCCUCAGUGUCUGUGCUCUCUCUGGUGACUUUCCUCAUUCUAGCUGUUAAGUGUCUUAAGAGCAGCAGAAGCAGUGGUAGCUGCUGCAUGAGACGGAGCGACAGUGAGGACUACAAGAACCCCAACAGAAACCUCCAACUCCAGCUCAACACUGACGGGCCUAUCAAGUACGUGGAGGUCCUGGGAGGAGACAUGAUGUCUCAGAGUCAGUCCUUCAGGUCCUGUCUCUCUCCCACGUCAGAGUACAGUGACUUCACCUUCGUUAAACCCAGCAGCACCACAGACUUUAAAGACAUGAUCAACGUCUUAGACGCCUCUUUACCUGACAGCACCUGGACCUUUGAGAGCCAGCAGGUGAGCAGUUGUGGUUGAAU